AGCUAUAAAUUUGCCAUUACCCCUGUUAUUGUGUUGAAUAAAUAAAAACAUAAAUAUAUCCUACAUUUAAUUUGCCAUCAAUUGAGAACAGGAUUGCCCUGCCAAUUACCUAUAGCAAAGCUCAAUCCUGUUUAUAGUGACUCAGAAGCAAUGGUGAUGGACUUUUUGGUGACUACAAAGGGAUCAGAAGGAGGCAAUUUCAUAACACCAUUAGGAGAAACUCCAAAUGGUAGUGUGCUUGAUUUGUCAGUCAUAGACAGUUUAGCUGUUCUUCGAUGCAAUGCUCGUACACUACACGUCUUUAAAGGAGGAAACUCUACUGUUAUUCGAGAGGCAUUUGGAAAAGCUUUGGUUCCUUAUUACCCGCUAGCAGGUCGUCUAAAAUUCUCAGCACACAAUAACCAGUUGCUUCAGAUUGAUUGUUCAGGUCAGGGAAUUUGGUUUGUUGAGGCUUCUGCUGAUUGUACUCUCCUCGAUGUCAACUACUUCGAUGAAGCUUCAGCUUUAGAUGACACUACUUUUGAUAAACUUCUACCUCAACUAACUCCACUUCCUGUUACUAAUGAUUCUUUCAUUCACCCACCACUGGUACUUGUGCAGGUAACUGAAUUUAAGUGCGGUGGAUAUGUUAUGGGACUUACUUUCUGUCACAGUAUAUGUGAUGGACUGGGUGCUGCACAGUUUUUGAAAGCAGUGGGUGAGUUUGCUAGGGGAGUUGAGAAACUGAGUGUUGCACCAGUGUGGUGCAGGGAGCUUCUCCUUCCACUUCCACAAAAAGGAGUUGCAGAAGACAACUCCUCAAUGCCACCACCACCACUCACUAUUCCAGUACCAGAUCAGCGGCUGGAGCAUGCUAGUUUCGACAUUCCCCUGGAUGAGAUCAAUCAGCUAAAACAUGAAGUGAUACAAGAGUUAAACAUGGAUCAAAAUGUGUUUUGUUCCUCUUUUGAGAUUAUAGCUGCUACUUUGUGGAGGCACCGAACCCGAGCAAUUUUGAAUAUAACAGAUGAUAAGAAGACCUCGUCGAAUACAAGCUUCAUUCCUGCAGAUGAUGCAGGUGAUGAAGAAGUGAAACUCGUGUUCUUCGCUAAUUGUCGACAACUAGUGCCGCUACCAGAAGGGUUCUAUGGGAACUGUUUCUUCCCAGUGACUGUAACGGCUUCAAACAAAGUAGUGGCGGAAGCAUCUCUUGCUGAGGUAGUGAAGCUGAUCAAAGAUGCCAAGGCUGACCUACCAGCAGAAUUUUCACAAUGGCUCAAUAACAAGACUAACAAAUCUAUGAAUGAUGAUCAAUUCAACGAUCCAUUUGCACCAGGACAAGGAGUGGGUUACAACACAUUGUUUAUCUCGGAGUGGGGACGAUUGGGUUUUAAUGAGGUUGAUUAUGGAUGGGGCAAACCUGUGCAUGUUAUACCAGUACAAGGGUCUGCUGUGAUACCUGUAGGCAUUGUUAGCAAACAGCCUUUGCCUAAAAAUGGCAUUAGGCUCAUGACUUGGUGCGUCCACAGCCACCAUCUUCAUACAUUUCUCAACAUGAUGAACAAGGAUCAUUAUGAUGCUCUAACUAAUUAAUGUCUCUCCUGCUAUGAAAAAGUGUAUUCAUUAACUUGUGUGAUUCUGUUAAUAUAUAUAAUUGUUGCCUGUGUGA